UUAAGCUGAAGCAGUGACGAAUAUGAAUGAAUCAGGGUCGGUGCCAUGGUUUUGGAGAAGGUUUGACGAAGGAGGAGGAGUUAGGAGUUGAAGGUUGAUAAAACUGAGCAAUGGUGUAAACGGUUUGAACAAUGGUAAGGGCGAAGAGAAAAACCGCAGCAACAAGCGAUACAAUAGCCCAAGGGUUUCUGAAGUAGGUUUGAAUGAGAUUUGCGCGCCACAUGUUCCAUGGUUUCUUGCAGUAGUUACUCAUGCUCAUCCUCACCACAUCUAAAACUCCAUGCGGAUCCACAGCAGUGUCCUUCGAAAGCGAGUUGAACAGCUUCGCAACCGCCUUAUCGCUGCCGAGAGCGUUCACCAGAAUGCCGUUCCGGUGUAGAAGCGCCACGUCCAUCUCGCUGUCUAUGAUGGUGUCCAUGAAGAAUAUGUACGAGGUGACGUCGUUUCCUGCUUCCGCGUGGAGCCGCUCGAAGGCGAUCAGGUUCAGGAACAUGUACUCGGUGGUGUCGUCAACCACUAGGAUUGGGAGCCGAAGCACGCCGCCGCCGAAGGAGACGUCGCCGAGGCUGUGUGUGCGGCUUUUCAUGAAGCGGAUUCCGGCGUCCUGGAGCUCUGUUGCGGAGCGGAUGAUCUCGUCGUCGUCGUGGAACCUUCUUCUGCGUUUUGGUUUGGAGACUCGAGUUCGGAUCAUUGUCUGCAUAAUCAUCCGGAACACCAUCAUUGGCUCUCAGAAUCUCCAACAUGAAACACCCAUCAACAAUCAUCAUCUGCACGAACCUUGCUCUGUACUGCAUCCAGAUUUCAUCCAGUGGAUUGUACGAGCCUCUCAACUCUUCAACCACUUGAUCCAUGCAGUGGAAGAUAAGCUCAAUAGGCUUUUUGCACCUCUUGAGAAAAUGGAGCAGAGCUCGAUGCUUGUGAUCUUCCAUGUCCUUCAAAUGCUCUUCCCCAUGAUGAUAAGGACCAAAUGACACUGCUUGAGGCUUGUACGCCCUUUCGUUCAAUGCAGUGACUCGUGAAGGUAUCUUGUAUAUGGAAUGCCUCUGCCAUUGCUCCUUUUCAUACACUGCUGAGAUACCAUCAUUCUUGAGCUCCUCGUUGAUUUGGACCACCCACUUCGUUUCUUCCAUGUUCAUGGUGCCUCUUCAGCGUCUCUCUUGAUCAUGACAUACAUACAAGGGUAGGUUUUUCUGGAUCUUAUAGUAAUGUUAUGCACGUGGAAAUCAUAAGCCUCAAAGAUAUCAAUGUCUAAUUGGAAUCUUCACUUUAUGCAUGUUAACCAACACAGUUUGUAAAGAAACUGUUAUUUAUAAUUGAACAUUUCUUGCUUCC